UGGAACCAGAACAUGGUCCUAUGACUCAGGUGGAGCACAUCCAUACGAGAUGUUGGGUGUGUGUGCUGAGCUGUCUUCUGCUCGCUUGUCUGUACGUCGGCAGCUUGUACGUCUGGAGAAGCAGCUUACCCAGGGACCAUCCCAGUGUGAUAAAGCAGCGCUGUGCCAGUGUGCUGCUGGUCUCCACACUGUCACCUGCAGUGGUGAAGGCAUGGAUGCACUGGGCUGAUGUCAAGGUCGACGUGUCCGUGUGGGAGCUGAUGGGAAUUCGUUUGGAAGGUCUGGUUCCUGCGGCCAUACUGCCACUGCUGCUAACCAUUGUAUUUUAUCUUGGCCCCCUGUUUCAUUCAGCGAUGGACAAUCCCAAAGGCUUCGCUGGAGAACUGCAUUCUGCACUAGAUGUUCAAUCAUGGAAGUUGUGUGUGGGAGACGCAGUGUGGCUCAGGAGCCAGGUGGUGGCACCAGCGACAGAGGAGCUGGUGUUCAGGGGGGCCAUGCUGCCCAUGCUGGUGCCCUGCACUGGACCCACAGCUGCCAUCUUCAUGGCUCCGCUUUUCUUUGGUGUUGCCCAUUUCCACCAUAUCAUUGAGCAACGGCGCCUCCACAAGGACAGUAUGAGCGUCAUCCUCUUGGUGUCAGGGAUUCAGUUCUUGUACACAACUGUGUUUGGUGUCUUUACUGCCUUUGUAUUCAUGAGAACUGGUCAUGUUGUGGGUCCAGUUUUGUGCCAUUCGUUCUGUAACAGCCAGGGCCUGCCUGACAUCAGCUCUGCCCUGCAGCACCCUCAGCGAUCAGCUCUUCUCUUCUCGUAUCUGAUGGGGGUGCUGCUGUUUCUGGUGCUACUCUUCCCGCUGACAGACCCGGUCUUCCAUGGUGCCAUUCCCGUCUGUAGGCUGGCUCCCCCUCCGGAGUCUGUUUGCCAGAUUAAAUGA